GGGCAAGUCUCAUAAUAGAUGAUGAUGGAAUUAUCCAAGAUGAUAUUGACAUCUACCAACCUGUAGUUCAAGGUCGGUGGACUGAUUCAGGGAUUGGAGGAGGAGACCACCAAUCAGGAACCUCCACCUUGCACCUUUGGAAGAACAGUCUGGGAGAGGACCCCCUCCUUGGACAUGAUGAGAGUAUUAACAUCAGCGAGCUAGAGGUCGGUUGUGCUUUUUUUAAACCAACUUUCUGCCAUUUGUGCUUAUAUGAAACAACAGGCCACUAUAUGGAAGACUUGAGCCGAAGUCAACUGUUCUCUGAUGACUAUUACAAGCAGCUACAUGACCUUGGGGUUCUCAUCGAUGGAGUUGAUCUUUCCAGAGAUUCUAUCAACGAAUCUGAUGAAACAGAAUUACACUUGGCAUCUCAUAUUGAAGGUGAUGGAAAUAUUAGAGACAGAAAAGAUUUGAUUGGAGAGUAUUUAGAAUAUGAACUGAGAAAGGAAGAAGAAGAGAAUGAGGAGAGAAGAAAGGUUAGCGGAAGAGGAUCACAAUUUAAGCAGAGUAGCUUCCCUUAUUCUCAGCCCAGCUCUCAGGAUAUCAGCAGCUUUUUUGAUGAGGCUGAUAAUAAUGAUGAUAACAUUUAUGAAGACGUUGAAGGUAAUGGCAAAACUACACCGCAGAAUUUGGUCAGAGAAAAUGAGGAUGUAUUUGACUAUGUUAGUGGCCAUAUUUUUCCUGUUCAGUCUAAAGAAAAUGCCAGGGGAGAAAAGUUGCUGCAUUCAGAAGAAAGCAGCACUGAGAGUAGAGUAAAUAUGUCAUUUGGUCAAACUACUGAACAAAAAAAUACAACAGCUGAAAACCAAUCUGGCACUUCAAGCACAGGGCCUGCUGGUCAUGGAGAAAUGUUGAAUGAUGCCAGAUACUUUUACUCUGAGGCUUUUCCUUCUGGCUCUCGUCCAUCAUCUAGAACUAGCCAUGUAUCAGUGGCGUCAGAAGCAUCUUCUGCCAGACAAAGGAGCUCACAGAAAGCUGUUCCAGUACAACUGGCCAGCAUAAAUUCCCAGGCAAACUUUUCUGAUGAAAAACAAAGAGCUCAAAAAAAUCUUGAGAAACCACAUCAGAGACGUCUUCUGCCACAACCAAGCAGCUCGGAGCCAAGUCAGUCAUUUAGAGCCAAAAAUAUUCAACCAAAUAAGAUUGCAACCAAACAAGAACCUGUAAAGCCAAAUCAUGAAUCUGAUUCUAAAAGUGUGCGUGGUGUAAGUUAUGAAAAAGAAGUUGUUGAAGAGGAGAAGACUGAUAAACCAGAAAACAUUCACGAGUCGACAAAGCUUCUGCAUGACCGCCUGACACAAGAAGCUCUAAAGCGCAAACAGGCAACUGAAUUGUUCCAGCAUCUACAGAAAGACUACAGUAAUUUGCUUACCAAAUAUGCACAAGCAGAACUGACCAUUGACCAGAUGCGGUUUGUGAGAAUGAUCACUCUAAAUGGUGAUUCCCCAACUCCAAGUCAAGCCCAGUCUGGAGUGAUGUCCCCUGCAUUAAGUCAGCAGGCGGUAGUUAACUCCCUUCAGAAGUCCCCAAGUCGCGGACUGGAAUCCUUCUUCACCCUGCUGGAUGGAGGGCACCUGAGUCUGGAAAACCAGGAGCUCAUGUUUGAGCACAUCAAAAGUGACCAUGACACACUGAGGCGUGCAUAUCUACAGGUCAAGGACGAAUACAAUGUUCUUCGAAGAUCUGGAGCUUUAGUCUCAGAGUUACAGAGCUUUGAUCAGAAUAAAGAGUUAGAGGGAUAUCUGUUCAGAUUAGGGAUGAGAUUUGAUGAAAUCAAUGACACUGUAGAGAACAACCUCAAAGAAAGGUCAAAGCAGAGACGACCGUUCCAGGACAGCCAGUCAAGAAGGCGUGAUGACAGUAGAGAAG